GUGCUGGAAGACUGACUGGCAGUCCUGGCACAACCUUGGACCCGUACGACGGUCUGUGUGGCAACUGGCAACUCAUCAUACAUAAACAACACAAGACUACAGGAGAAGGAAGUCACGUCAAGGACUCAAGAAGGGCGGCAGUAAAAGCACGUGACUUGAUCAACUGUCCUGAAUUUGCAAUGGGGGAGCCUGAACAGGUGAUUGCAGAACCAGAUGAGGUGGAAGAUGUGGAUAGUAAUGUAGAUGGCCUUCACCCACCCACACUACAGCAACAGAGUCCAUGGUUCUUAUCGUACUUAAUAACUAAAGUAAUAGCAGCCAUAGCUUCCAAUGGCUGGUAUGCCUUAGGGUUUUUGUUGCUUGGUUACAUUCUGUGGCGCAUUGUGGAGCCAAAAUUCCAACUUUGGCUUAAAAAACAAAAAGAAUAUCAAGAAUAUGCUGAGUAUCAUAAAGAUCCAGAUACAGUGCUAGCUAGAGAAAGAGCACUGGAUGAAGCUCGCAAAAGGAUGCAGGAGAAGUACAAUGAGGAAGCACAGAUAAAAGCAGCGAAAUUCUUAGAGCAAGAAGAAAAACGGAGACUAGAACGCAUAGAAGAAUGGGAGCGUCACAAGCGAGGUGAAGGAUAUUGGAAUAAGAACAGAUCAGGUGCUAGUGGGACAUCACCUGCUGCUCAGGGUAACACCUCCAGUGACAAACCAUCUGGAAAACCAAGACUCAGACCAGAGUACAACCCAUUAAGUGGCGAUGGGAUUGGUGAAACUCGUGGUUGGAGACCUCAACGUAGCCUAUCUGGUGGUGGAUGAGGUUAAGCAGCAUACACACCAACUCUUCUCAUCCUUACAUCCUGGAUUUAGAAAUAAAACUUUCAUACAUUCAAUAUUUAAAGAGUACCUGUAUUACCAAAGAUAUAGGAAUGUUGUUUAAGUAGAAUUUGGUUGGAUAUACUUUUCAUUUUAAAAGUUAAUUUGCUCUGUAGAUGUUCCUUAUCUCAUUGAUAUGUCAAACUCAAUUGUUUGUUGAGGAUAGAUUUGAUUAAGUUUUAGGUUAUAGAAUUGUAUGAAGAUAAAAAAAAAGAGGAGUCCAGGAUAUUAACUGAUGAAUAGAGGUGUGUACAAAUUACUCGUGGGUUACUUUGCUUUCAUUGGGAUUCUAUGCAAUUUUUUUAGCUCGGUUCCUAAGUAUGCCUUUAUUAAGUACCCAACAGUCUCAUCUCUCAAAGUACUGUGCUUGGUCAGAAAAUAUGAAGCUAUAGACCAAAACAGUGUUGAGCUGUGGUUUAUGGCAGAUGAUACUCUUCUGGCCUGUUUUAGUUUUACAUCAUGUUGGUUAUUACCAUAUAACAUUUUAGCAGUUUUCAACAGAGGCCAUAUACGAUCAUUGAAGGCUUGAUCAGCGAGAACAUACCAUAUAACCAAAUGAUGAAAAACUGGAAAAAGGACAUGGUUUCUGAGAAGUGGGGAGAAGAAUGGGUGUCCAUUCUUUGUCAUUAUUGAUAACUGGAUUUUGAUUAGUCAAAUGUUUUUCACUGUGUACUUUAAAGCACAUAUACCAUAAUAUACAUUAUGGAAGCAUCAGAUGUUAUAGAUAUUUAUCUCUGUCUUGGAGAACAGAUUUUGGUCUAUAUAGUGAAAAUGCUGAUAGAAUUAAAACACUUAUGAUCUUGAACAAUCAUCUUUUAAAAUUGGGAUAUCAACUACUCACAACCAUAGAAUGGGCUUUACAGUUUACUGUAUCAUGUUUCAAAUUCUGUCAGCGGAAAGAUUUUAAGAGAUGGUAUUUACACAGAUCAUAGACAUUACUUGAGGAUUCAAUCAUAACUAUAUUCACCAUUGUAAAAUUGAUACUCGAGAAAAGUGUUAAAAAGAAUUGGGUAGUAAAUAAUGCAAUUGCUGCUGUGAUAUUGUUGAACUGUAGGUUUCAUGAUGACCUUGAUGUAAGUUUACCACCUGAACUUGAAUUGUGAAUAUAUUAUAUGCAUACCAUGUUCUCUGUGCACCUUAUAUACUGUACUCGAGUUACUGGUUUGAUUAAAUAAAGUAUACUUAUAGA